AUGCUACGCGUCCACUACGCGUCGUCGCGCUUGCUUUUCGACGUUGCCACCGCGGUCCACCAACUAUUUAAACAUCCGCUGGUCGUCGCGAGCCAGGCCGGUCGCUCGCUCUUCGCGGUGGGCAAGCGAUCAACCAUGGCCGAGACACAGCGCGCGGUGCAAGAACCCGUACAAGAGGUUACUGGAACUCCCCCUGUACAGGUGCAAGAGGAAACAGCAGUAGAAGCUUCUCCGAAUGCGAACCCUUUGCCCAAACAUCAGCAGAGACAUGCUUUGAUGGCUAUCAAAGCUGUACGCAGACUCAAGGAUGCCAGGCCUUUUUUGAAACCAGUGGAUCCAGUGGCGCUUAAUAUCCCUAAAUAUUUUGAAACUGUCAAGAAACCUAUGGAUCUGGGAACUAUAGAGCGGAAAUUACAAAACGAUUCGUAUGGACAGCCGGAGGAAGUAAACGCGGAUUUCGACCUGAUGGUUUCAAACUGUGUUACGUUUAAUGGGGCUCAGGCUACUAUAUCACAGAUGGCGCGUAAUAUACAGGCGGCUUUUGAAAAACAUAUGCUUAAUAUGCCAGCGAAGGAUGCGGUCCCAGUGAAGCAACCGCGCAGGCGUAAAAGCACGGAUGAAGAGGCUCCCGUUGUAAUUCGCAGGGCUCAGACACAUAAUGGGAGACCUAAGAGAGAGAUUCAUCCGCCAAAGUCGAAGGAUAUAUACCCUUAUGAGACGAGGAAACCGCGGUCGAAGAAACUACAACAGGCGAUGAAAUUCUGUUCCGGGGUUGUCAAGGAGCUUACGUCGAAGAAGCACGCUGCAUUCAACUAUCCGUUUUUGGAGCCCGUGGAUCCCGUGGCACUUAACUGCCCGACGUACUUCGACUAUGUGAAAGAGCCUAUGGAUCUUGGGACCGUUUCGAAAAAUCUGAAUAAUUGGAAAUACCAGACGCUGGAAGAGUUUGAGCGUGAUGUAAGGCUGGUAUUUGAGAACUGUUACAAGUUUAACCCCGAGGGGACUAUUGUCAAUCAGAUGGGUCAUCGGUUGGAGGAUAUUUUCAAUUCAAAAUGGGCAGAAAGGCCCAUAAUCGAGGAUUAUGAGUCGGAUGAAGAUUCGCGCAGUGAUUUGAACGGUUAUGACUAUGAUUCCGAGUUUUACAAUUCAAACGAUUCGGAUUCCAUAAUCGACGAAAGCUCAAUUACAAAUCCGGCUAUACAGUACCUCGAGAACCAACUCGAUCGAAUGAAGAUCGAGUUGCAACAGUUAAAGAGACAGGAAUUGGAUAAGAUUCGCAAAGAACGUAGGCUCGCGCGUGGUGCAAGGAAAAGAUCAAGACGAUCAAAGCGUACAACUGACCCUUCAAGGAAAAGACGGUUCAAGACUGUGGUCACUUAUGAUAUGAAGAAAGUUAUCACGGAACAUAUUAACGACUUGCCCACGGCGAAACUCGAAAAAGUUAUUGGAAUCAUCAAACGGUCGAUGCCGCACCUCGCAGAAGAUGAAGAAGUUGAACUCGAUCUCGAUACACUCGAUAACAGUACAAUUCUGACACUUUACAACACUUUCUUCCGCGAGUACGACCAGGCGCACGAUAUGAAUGGUCAAAAUGGUCAUACCAACGGUAUAGAACAUUCAUUGUCGCCACCUACAAACGGCAGCACGAAGAAACGUAGAUCAAAGGCAUUAAGUCAAGAGGAGCAAAAUAGACAAAUCGAGAAGAUCAAGAAUAAACUAGCUUUGCUUGAUGGUGCUUCGCCUAUCAGUUCAAAUGGGUCACCACUAAUGCAACAAAAUCACAUCAACGGAUUCUCUUCUUCAGAUGAUGAUGAUGAUGAUGAUGCAAGUAGUGAGAGUGAGGAGGAGUGA